AGGUUUUAUGGGGUGCAGUUUGAAGGCUGAUACUCAUCUUGCAAUGGCUGACUACGAAAAAGUGGAUGAUGAAACGUUGCAAAGCCUUAAGGAUGUGGCAAACAAACUGCGGAUCCAUUCCAUCAGAGCCACGUGUGCCUCCGGCUCGGGACACCCCACAUCAUGCUGCAGUGCUGCGGAGAUCAUGUCUGUGCUCUUCUUCCACACAAUGCGAUACAAGGCCCAGGACCCUCGCAAUGCCAGCAAUGAUCGCUUUGUCAUGUCUAAGGGACAUGCUGCACCCAUCCUGUAUGCAGCCUGGGCAGAGGCUGGUUUUGUGGAGGAGUCUAGGCUUCUGGACUUCCGCAAGGUUGACUGUGAGCUAGAGGGCCACCCAACUCCAAAAGCAGAGUUUGUGGAUGUUGCAACAGGCUCAUUGGGUCAAGGUCUUGGUGCUGCAUGUGGCAUGGCCUACACUGGGAAGUACUUUGACAAAUCUAGCUACCGUGUCUACUGCCUGCUGGGGGACGGCGAGUGUUCCGAGGGGGCAGUGUGGGAGGCAAUGGCCUUUGCCUCCUAUUACAAUCUAGACAACCUUGUGGCUAUCCUGGAUGUGAACCGUCUGGGCCAGAGUGGGGCUACUCCACUGCAGCAUGACACCGAGACCUACCAGAAACGCUGCCAGGCCUUUGGAUGGAACACAUCCAUUGUGGAUGGACAUGAUGUGGAAGAGCUGUGCAGGGCCCUGUGGCAGGCUGAACAAACAAAGGGCUUACCCACUGCAAUCAUUGCAAGGACCUUCAAGGGCAAAGGACUUGCAGGAAUUGAGAAUGAGGAUAACUGGCAUGGCAAGCCCAUUCCAGAUGACUGUGCGGAGUCCUUGUUGUCUGAGCUCCAAGGACUAAUUGGCUCCAGCAAGCCCCUUUGCCCCAAGCUCCCCAUAGAAGAUAUGGUUUCUGUGGACCUUUCUCCUAUUAGCUUGCCUUCCCUACCUGCCUAUAAAUUGGGUGAUAAGGUGGCCACAAGGCGUGCUUAUGGGUUUGCUCUCGUCAAGCUGGGAGAUGCAUGUCAGAGAGUGGUGGCAUUAGAUGGUGACACCAAAAAUUCAACUUUUUCUGAGAUCUUCAGGAAGUUCCAUCCAGAACGCUAUAUUGAAUGCUUUAUUGCUGAACAGAAUAUGGUUAGUGUGGCUGUUGGUUGUGCUACCAGGGAUCGCUGUGUGCCAUUUGUCAGCACCUUCGGUGCCUUCUUGAGUCGAGCCUAUGACCAGCUGCGCAUGGCAGCAAUCUCCCAGUCAAAUAUCAACUUGGUUGGCUCCCACUGUGGUGUUUCAGUUGGUGAGGAUGGCCCUUCCCAAAUGGCUCUUGAAGACCUUGCCAUGUUCAGAGCCAUCCCCACCUGCACAAUCUUCUACCCCUGUGAUGCAGUCUCCACAGAAAGAGCUGUAGAGCUGGCUGCUAACACAAAGGGAAUCUGCUUCAUUAGGACCACUCGACCAGACACCACUGUAAUCUAUCCAGCAGAGGAAAAAUUUGAAGUGGGAUGUGCCAAGGUGGUGCAGCAAUCAGAAAAUGACAAGGUAACAGUCAUUGGGGCAGGUGUGACUCUGCAUGAAGCUCUUGCAGCUGCAGAAGAGCUUGCCAUUGAAGGUGUGAAUAUCAGGGUGAUUGACCCAUUUACCAUUAAGCCUCUGGAUAAUGCCACCAUUGUGUCUAGUGCUCAGGCCACAGGUGGUAGGAUUAUAGUUGUGGAGGACCACUAUAAAGAAGGAGGACUGGGCGAAGCUGUAUGCUCCAUACUGACCAAGGAAUGCGGCAUUGUGGUGAAGACGUUGGCAAUAACAACGGUUCCCCGGAGUGGGAAGCCUCAGGAGCUGCUUGACCUGUACGGCAUUAGCGCCAAGGCCAUUGUGAGGGCUGUCAAAGAUGUGAUUGCCACCUAAAGAAGGAAAUCCCACCCUGUUAAGUCCAAUGCCAGUUAGUCCUCCAACAAAGAUGUAGUAAUGGGUGUCUUCAGGUUCAGCAAACUAGGUCUGAAUAAGGGAGGAAAAACUCAGCUGUGACAUGGCUUUCUCACCUAGUGAGUCAUGUUUCAGCCUAUUGUAUAUUCAGACUUCCUCCUGUAUCAAAUUGCUUUUCUUUACUAAUUCCACUACUUACUGCUUGAAUGACUUUUUGUGAAAUGUAAAUGUUACAGCUUCACUGGGAAAUGCACUCAUGGUUCCUCUGACCUUAAUGUUUUGAAAGCUACAUCUUAAUAUGAAACCAGCAGCUGGUAUUGUGUGCCUUCAGGAUGCAGAAGCAGCUUUAAGGGUCUGAGUGUAAACUCAUUCUGCUUGUGUUCCUUAUCUGUUUGCACUCCUGAGAUGACUAUGCAAGAAUAAAUUAUUUGCAGCA